UAUCAUGAAAUCCUAGUAAAAACACCCUAAUCCGGAUCUUUAGAUAUUAUUGACCAAUAAUAUCAUUCAAAAAAUAUUGGUCAACAGUCGUUAAUCAUCAAUAUGUGUGUGAGAGUUAAUUAUAGCACUACAAAUCACGAAAUCAACGGUGAAAAAAAUGAUGGGAAAUGGAUAAAGUGAUAAAAACUAGUUGGAGAUAAUAAGAAAGGACUUACACAAGUUUCUGCAUAAAGUUUACUGUGUGUUGUUGUUCUUCCAUUGAUAUCGAGAGGUCAAUAAAGUGUGAUGAGCUUUUUGUGAUCCUGUUACUCUCAUUCAAAAAUCUUGUUCUUUUUUGAAACUGUGUUUUGAGUUUUUGUUUGCUUUUUCGUAAACACAAGAUUUUGACAUGGAAGCAAUUUCAUCUCUUGGAAUCAAUCAUGGGUUUUCUCUGUUUUCUCAGGAGACUAAUACAUCAAAAAAAGCGAAACUUUAUCCUGUUAUGAGCUUUGAUUUGAAAGAACAACAACAACACCCCAUGGCUUCAACAGAUUUCACCAACCAUACCCUUAGUACUACUGCCUUCUCUUCUUCUUCUUCUUCCUCUGUAGCUCCUUUUCAGGGGAAGACAACAUCAACUGGUACGAGUAGAGGAAUGAGGUGGUGGGAAAAGUCAACGAAACACAACAUGUUAGAGAUUCAAUCUGCUAAUCAUCUUGUUGACUCUUUGUUAAACGCUGGUGAUAGAUUGGUUGUUCUUCAUUUCUUCUCUCCUGGUUGUGGUGGCUGCAAAUCUCUCCACCCCAAGAUCUGUCAAUUGGCUGAAUCAAACCCAGAUGUGAUAUUUCUCAAAGUGAAUCAAGAAGAGCUUAGGACAAUGUGUCAUGGCCUUAAUGUUCAUGUGCUUCCUUUCUUUAAGUUUUAUAGAGGAGCAGAGGGUAAAGUCUGUAGCUUUAGCUGCACUAUUGCCACCAUCAAUAAGUUCAAGAAAGCUUUGGAAAAGCACGGGAGUGAAAGAUGCAGCCUCGGACCAGCAAAGGGAUUGGAUGAGAAAGAACUGGCGGCUUUAGCAUCGGUUGGGGAACUAAAAAUGAAUCUCAACUCCUUCAAACAGUACCAAAGUAGCAGCAGCCUCGGUUAUAAAACAGAGGAACAAUAUGAAAAAGUGAUGCUAUGAAGAAGACAUGAUCGUUUCGUAAGGAUUCUUGAGUUGUAGAUAUUGUUAUGAUUGGAUCUGCAUUUUAGGUUUUUGGUUAUUUUUAGUUUCACCUCAUAAGUCCUUAUAACUAGCAAUGGUAAUUUCUAUUAGCCUCCUAAGAUUGAACCAAUCUGUAUUGAAAUCUAAAUAUGUACGACUUCAAAGUUUUCAAUUCAAUUACUUAAUGUAAGGAGGAACAUGCUUCUACACU